GAAUUUGCAUGGUUAUCAAAUUUUGUCCAUGAUUGUUUGUUCUUGCGUUUGUGUAGUAUAAUUAUUGUUUAUACGAUUAUUUGAAUUUCUUCUAACCGUAAAAUCAGCAAAAUGUCACAAGACGCAGAGCCUAGAAAGUUUAAAUUAAGAAGAAUACCAACGGCCGAUGAUAUAAUUAAGAAAAAUCUGGAGCCCUUAAAGGAAAACAUUAAAAAAAAGAAGCGAGCCCAACAAGCUUACUACCAGAAUCACAAUCAACAAGGCGUCAGUCCCUUAAUCCGAGAUUACAAAAAAGGCCCGGUUCACCAGAGGCUAGGUCGGAAACUUCCCUACACCCUCGGCACAAACACUUCUGCAAUACCUCCGAAAAGGAGACUGAGACUGCCGGGAGUCCAUCCACAACACAGACGAACGAGGAUAUUCACAGCCCAGCAGCGUUUGAAUCGCAUCAGGGCUAACAACCGAGAAGUGCAAAAUAUGCAGAACAUACCAAAGAGGAUAAAGCUGCGGAGGACUCUGCCGCACAGCAUGAACGGGCCCACCAAUCUAACGGUGGAGGUGAAAAACAACAAUGCUAUCGGUAGGCCCCAAUUUAGUCACGGCACCCGCAGAUUCCGACAGAUAUUGAACGGUCAACUGCAACAGGAAAUAAAGAAAAUACAGAUGUCUUACCAGGGGGGCCAGACGAUAGCACCCAUGCGGGUUACGCCGUCGGCUACCGUGAAGCCCCUGAACACGCGAUUUGCCAGCCUCAUUUAAGUAGAGUUUAUCGGUCGAUUUUAGGUGGGAAUUGACGUUUUAUCAAGUAGUGUUACAAGAUAAUGCAGUGUUGAGUAUAUCGGGAACAGUUCACAUAAUAAUCUAUCGGUGGAAGGUCCUGUGCAAUAUAUUUGUUUUUUAACGAUAUCCUUAAAGUAGGACGUGCCUUUAAAAAUAUGCAUUUUCUGGUAGAAAACUAAUUUUGAGGUAAGUACCAUGAGCGCAACUGAACAUAUUUUGUUGCUUUUUUAAAUAUUAGGUUUAUGCAUAUUGCGUUUAAUAUUGUGGUUAUGUUAAUUGUUUAGCAUAAAACUUUGAAAUAUUCAUGAAAUUUGGCCACCCUCCCUAUAUUUGAUGACGAUGAACACAAACCUGAAGUUAUUUUUGUGCAAUCGAACUCGGUUUUCAGGAAGACAAUUUUUCAAAAUUCUAACCCUUCUAACACAUCGUUACUAUUUACAACACAUACCGCCUAUAUAUCUUUUAACAUGUAAUUAGUCAUUUUAUCGUCCCUGGGAAAUAUAUUUUCUGUUUUUUAAGGAAAAUGUCAAAAGAAUGGCUUAUUUGUAUAUCAUUUCGUAUUUAAACCGCUAUUUCUUUCUGCGACCUAUGGAAUAAUGUUACUAAGUACGGUAAAUUUACUUUGCUUACCCAUUCAUGUCAUUUAGAUUAGAUCAGGUUAUUUUUUAUAAAGUACAUUAUAUGUAGGUAUAAAAUAAAUAAAAAUGUAGCCUGACCUCUCAUAACUUAGAUAGAAUUUUAUCUGUUUAUGUUAAGUUAGGUUAGGUCAGGUUGUCUUUUAUUUAUAACCUGCUACAUUACGUUAUUAUAAGUCACUUACUGAUGAAAUGAACAUAACAGUUAAAUGAAUAUAAAUGUUUUUAUUUCUUUUCACCGAAUACUGCAUUUUAAUCAUUCUGCUGCCCACAAAAAUAUAUUUGCGAUACUUAGUAACGUCAUUUCGAAAUCGGGUGAUUUGAAAAUAUAUUAAAUGAAUACAUUUUUCUUUCAAAUUUCUAAAAAUAUGUUUUCCUAGGAAUUAGUUCAUUUCUAAUUAUGUUUUAUAGGUUAGAACUUUGGUAAAAUUGUUUUGUAAAAACUAACCGCACAAAAAUAAUUUCAGAUUCAAUUUCAACACCCUUGAAAUAGGCAAAAUUUAAUGCAUUUUUUAGAAUUCAAGACAUAGUAGAUAAUUACCAAAGUUCAUGGUGUUGAAAUAUCGCGAAAUUUUGUGGAAAACGUAAAUAUUUUUUAAAACAUUUAUGUAGUAUCACCUAAAUUGUAUAUAAUUAAACAUUUCCAGCACAUUUUGGGAUAUUUCAACACCAAAUUGUAUUAAAUUUGCCUUGGUUCGAUUGCUUAUGUCUCAAAUUAGUAAAAUGAACGUUUUUAAACGAAAAUUAAUUUUUUAUGUACGUAGUCAAGUCCCACCUAAAAUCGUAAGGACGCAGUGCCCAAUUUUAAAUUUAAGAAUGUGAAAUUUUGUUUCUUGUUUAAACUUUAUUUUAAUUACCGCUAAGUUAUGACGUAAUUGGUUUGUAACCACGUUGAUUCCUAAUUAGUUAUUCACACAUCUCAUAGAAGCAUUUGCUGAUAACAUAAUUUUGUAUAAGAAAUAUUUUCUUUAAUAUUUUCACAGCCACUUCAACAACUCACUUUUUUUUUGUUUGCCGUUAAUAGAAAUGUAUAAAAUAUCAACAGUUGUGUUCCUUUUGUUAUUUUAUCUUAUAGUGGAACGUUAGAUUAAUAAAUUUUUUGCUAAAAA